AUGCAAAAUUAAAGCACAUCUUGCCAAAUGAAUGAAUGUAAGAAUAAUGAGACGAUAAAAGGAACAAAAUAAUUUCGCUCUAAAAACAAUUAGAUUGAUAAUUAAAAAGAAAAAUCAUAGCUUGAAUGUAGAAAAGAUUCAGAAGGAACUAAUUAAGGGAAUGUAUCAAGUUUAGUAUAAAUUAAUAGAGUAAGGCUAUAUUGAAAAAAAAGAAUGAAGAAUUUGAUGAAAAUACUUGUAUAAAAAAUAUAAUGAGUUUAUCUUUGAGCAUAAUUAAUGAAGAACUUUAAUUUAAUUGUUAGUAACAGAAUUAGAAAGAAUAAAUUUCUGAACAAUGUAAAGUUAUAUAAAAUUGUGAUUAAAACGAUAUUGAUUCAUUUUAAUUACCUCCAACAGCAUAACAAUUUCCUACUUAAAAAUAAAAAUCACAUAAAAAAGCAAAGAACAGGAAGAAUAAAACAGAUUCCUCAUUGAAAUUACCUAAAAAUUAAACUCUAACUCAAAAAUAGUACCCACAAUAACCAUAAAUAUAAUAACAAUCUAAAGAAAAAUAACAUAAUUAACUGACUCCAUAAGGGUCUCAUAAAAUAAAACAAUAAUUAACUUAGUAAAAAUAAAAAAAAUAACUAAGCAGCACUUAGAUAGAAAAUUGUGAAUAAGAAAACAAAAAAGAUUCUGCUGACUUUGAUACUUAAUUUAGUCAUGUAUUUUAUAUGUAUUUAUAAUUUAGAUUGGAGCAAGAAGUACAACUGCAGGAAAUUCAUAAUCAGAAUCAGAUGAUUGUUUAUAAUAAUCAUAUGAAAAUAAAUAAAUUGAAUUAAGUGCAUAAAAAUUAUCAAGCAGAGAAAAAACAAAAAAGAAAAACUAUAACAAUAAUGGAGAAAAAGUUGGUGAUAAAUAAUAUCCUCAUUCCACAUAAACCACACCCAUUAAAAGAAAACAAUUGAAUAUAGUGAAAUCUAAAACUUAUGAUAUUGAUGAAUUAUCCAAUUAUAUUCAAUAAAAAAGUUAUCAAAAUAGAAUUAGAAAAUAAAUUUGUUUGAAUAGACUUAAUUAUCUUAUUUAUACUAAUUACCAUCUAAAUAUGUAUCCAUAUGGAUCUUUUGAAACCGGACUAGAUUUAGAGAUAAGUGAUGUAGAUGUCGGAAUAUGGGGAUCCUAAAACUUGACCUAUAUUUAAAUAGUAAGUUUUCUAUAACUAUUAAAUACUACUUUAAAGUAAACACCUUUUUUAAUUAAAUCUAAGUAAUUAUCAUUAUAAAUAUCUUUAGAUUAAUUUAAAGUCAUAUGCCAAUUCUUAAAUUAGAAUUGAAUCCAAAAUCAAGUUUUUAUGAUGAUGAUUAACAUAUAAAAUAAAACUGGUCUUAUUUUCAUUUAGAUUAAAAUGAUUAAGGUAUUAUUAAAUAUUAAAAUUUAUUAGGAAAAAUCAUUUAGGUGGAUAUUAGUUGGAUAUAUUAAUGGAGUAAUGUUUAUAAUAAUCCUCAUUUGGGAUUUGCUUCAACUACAAUUAUUAAAGAUUGGAUAAGUAGAUUUGUGUGGUAUCGAGAUAUCAUGUUAAUUCUAAAACAUUUAGUUAAAUCAAAAAAUUUAAAUGAUGCCCACACAGGUAUUUAAUAUAUAUCUAUUCUAAAUAGGGGGAAUAAGUUCAUUUUGUUUAUCAAUAAUGUUAGCUGCAAUCUAUAUGUGUAAGCAUUACACUUAAAAUGAUAAAAAAUAAAUUCUUCUUGACUUUUUAAAGAAGUAUGGUACUCAAUUCGACCCAUUAAAAGAGGGUAUAUAUAUUGACAGUUAUGGGUAAAUAAUAAAUCUAAAUUAGAUAAUAACAUCCAUUUAUAGCUUUGGAAGAAUGUCCUCCUUAUAAUCCUCUCACAAUUUAUUCCCCUAUUAAUUAUUAAGUUAUUUCUCAAAAAGUUCAUCGAUUUUUAGAGAUCUAAGAAGAAUUUAAACAACUUUAUGAACACUUGUCUAAAUCUAAUAAAAUUUAAGACUACUUUGAUUUGCCUUUAUAAGUGAAUUAACCAUUAUUUAUAUGA